AUUUAGCGCGUCAGAUCGAGAAGAAGAGGUUCUUCACGGAAUUGAGGCCAACUUUUCGGAACUCUUCGUGGUACAAGAGAAAAAAAGACAGAGCAGUCCUUAUUGGCAUUUUGUGCCUCAGAGGGUGCAAGAAGGAUGUGUCUAGAUUCAGCCCAUCCCUGCAUUGCUGCAGCACCCCCAUGUCCACUCGUUUCAUAGAUUCAAUUCGCCACCUCAGCCCACAGAUCUGGAUUCCCCAGCAGCAAGAGAUCUAAUGAAGGAAGUAGGAAGAGGUUGCAGGAUUUGGUUAUUGUCAUUUCUGGGGACACCUUUCCUGGGAGAUUGAGAUUUCUGAACAGCAAUUUAUUGCUGAUCCAGGAAACACAAAGAAACAGCAUCCCAGCUGCUGGCCACAACAGAAGAACAAGAGAAAAUGAUCAAGGCACAGGAAUCACUGACAUUCAGCGAUGUGGCUGUGGGAUUCACCUGGGAGGAGUGGCAACUCCUGAACCCUGCUCAGAAGGACCUGUACCAGGACGUGAUGUUGGAGAACUACAACAACCUGGUGUCAGUGGGAUAUCAAGUUAGCAAACCAGAUGUGCUCUCCAGGUUGGAACGAGGAGAACAACCAUGGACUAUAUUAGACAAAAAUCAUACUCGAAACUUUUCAGAAAUCUGGAAAGUUGAUGAUCAUCUGCCUGGGCACUGGCAAAACAAAAGCAGGGUGGACAGCAUGAAAGAGUGCUGUGAACAUAAUGCAUUGGAAAAUAUUGUUCAUCAGCACAAAAAUCAUUUUCCUUUAAGGGAAAAUCAUGGUAUGGUUGACCUACAUGAUAAAGCUGUGACAUCAAAUGUAACUUUAAUCAACCAGACCAAAAGCUAUGAAAUAAAGAACUCUGCUGAGCUUAACAGAGUUGAGAAAACUGUUCUCCAUGCUAACCCUGAGCAAUUUGGUACUGAAUCUAAAUUCCUUGAGAGUUGGAUAUCCAACACCACUAAAUCCCAAUACAUUAAGCACCAGAAAACUCACAAGAUAGAGAAACCGCAUGUAUGCAGUGAAUGUGGGAAAGGCUUCAUCAGGAAAUCUUUCCUCACUAAUCAUCAGAUCAUUCAUACAGGAGAGAAACCACAUAAGUGCAGUCUCUGUGGGAAAGCCUUCUCUAAAAAAGUCAAGCUUGCUGAACAUUAUCAGACAACUCAUAAAGGUCAAAACCCAUAUAAAUGCAUGGAAUGUGGCAAAGCCUAUUUGUAUGAAUCAGGUCUCGCUAAACAUCAGAAAACUCAUAGGGGGGAGAAACCCUAUGUAUGCAGUGAAUGUGGAAUAGGCUUCUUCGAGAAUGCAGAUUUCAUUAUUCAUCAGCAAAUUCAUACUGAAGAGAAACUCUAUAUAUGUAGUGAAUGUGGGAAAGCCUUCUCUAAAAAAUACAAACUCAUUGCACAUCACGAAAGAAUCCAUAAACGACAAAAACAUGAAUGCCCAGAAUGUGGCAGAGCCUUUCUCUAUAAUUCACAGCUCAGUAAACAUCAGAAAAGGCAUAUGGCGGAGAAACCCUACAUAUGCAGUGAGUGUGGAAAAGGCUUCAUUGAGAAGUCAGCUCUCAUUAUUCAUCAGCGAAUUCAUACUGGAGAGAAACCCUAUAUAUGUAGUGAAUGUGGAAAAGGCUUCAUCCAGAAGGGAAAUCUUGUUAUUCAUCAGCGAACUCAUACUGGAGAGAAACCCUAUAUGUGUGGUGAAUGUGGUAAAGGCUUCAGCCACAAGUCAUGCCUCAUAGGACAUCAGAGAUUUCACACAGGAAGGAGUCCCUUUGUAUGCAGUGAAUGUGGAAAACCUUAUUCCAAGAAGUCAGGUCUCAUCAGCCAUCAGAAGAUUCACACAGGAGAGAAACCCUUUCAAUGCAGUGAAUGUGGGAAAGCCUUCAAUACGAAGCCAAAGCUCAUUGUACAUCAAAGAUCUCAUACAGGAGAGACACCAUAUGGCUGCAAUGAAUGUGGAAAAACUUUUGCCUAUACUUCUUCCUUUUAUCUACAUAAAAGAAAACAUACAAGUGAGAAACGUGUAGAAUCAAUCAAGAUGGAAGACUCUUCCACACCAAGUCACAGCUCAUCGCAUACCAAGGAUUUCAUGCAGGAGAAAAGCCCUGUUAAUACAGUGACUAUGCAGAUACCUUCUGUGACAGUUCAGCCAUCAGUAAACAUCAGUGGGCUCCCAACUAAUGGGAAUAUAGUCCUUGUGGGACAGCCUGUUGCCAGAUGUGAACCCUCCGGAGAUAACAGAGAAUUUCCACAGGAGAGAAACCUUAUGAAUGCAGUGAAUGUGGUAGUGCCUAUGAGUGCAGUGAAUGGGGUAGUUCCUUCAGUGAUGAAUUAUAUCUUAUUUUAUGCCACACAAAACCUAUAGCAUACACUCGGAUACGUUCACUGAGGAAUAGGGAUGAGCACAAAUUUCUUCAUCAUUAUAUAGCUACAGAAUGUAUCCUGAGGGAAAUCAUAUGAAUGCAGACACUGAGAAAACAUGAAACACUCAUUCUACAUAAAUAUGUGCAUUGAUAUCAAGACAUAACAUAAUUUUAACCUAAACACAUACACAUUGAUUUACUCAUUGAUUAAAUGGAUGAAAGUCCAAGAUCAUGUCAUAGGACAAAAUAAUUAAUAUGAAUUUUUAAAACACAAAAGAUAAUUCGUGUCUGGAAUGUUGCUUGUUGUUGUUGUUAGUUGCCGUCGAGUGGAUACUGACUCAUGAUGCUUCCAAGUGUUAUAAAUGAAAAUCACAUAGGAAGUGGUUGGUGGGUAAAGGGCAGUAUUGGAUUGGUCGGAAUUGGGGCACGUAAGUAUCAGUUCAGUUUGUCCAGAUUGGUGUGAAGGAUCAGUUGAAAACCAGAAUGUCUACCAUCAAUUUUAGAACUUUAUAUUAUGUAGAGGGACUUAAUGAAACAAUAGACCUACAUUGAGUCUAUUCAUGAAUGUAAGGAAUAUUUGUCACAUACUGCCUUUGUACCUGGCCCUGUUUCCGGGACUUGAGGAUACAGAAGUGAAUAAAAAAGAAAAAGUCCAUGCCUUCUUGGAAACAGGAUUGAGUUAGUUGGAUUAUAUUUAAGUGGAAUCUUGACACUCAGGCUUAUCAAAGGAUGAUGCAGUAUCUACAUUAGGUGAAAUAGACAUGGAAUAAUUGGUACAAGGGGUUUAGUUAGAAGUUUUGGGAGUUAGAAAAUCCUAAAAACUUCUUAUGACAAUUUCUUGUCAAAAUCUAGUUGCCAUUGAAUUGAUGCCUGCUCAUGGUCACCCUAUGUGUGUGAGAAUAGAACUGUGCUCCCUAGGGUUACCCAUGGCUGGUUUUUCAGAACUACAUCACCAGGACUUUCUAGACACAUAUGGGUGGACUCAAACCUCCAACCUUUUGAGUUUGCAGCUAAGUACAUUAACCAUUUGCACUACCCAUGGAUUCUUGGGGUAAGGACCCCCUUUAAUGGUACUUAAACAUUCUAGGAAACAAGGUAUAUAUUUUAAUGCUUAUGUCUUAUCUCCAUAAAGAAAUUAUGAAU